GCAGGACUCGUCCUAAAUUUAGAAGAUUCCCUAAGUGGCUCGUGUGAGUCCUCUCCCCGUCACCCUGUCCGUGAGAGCCAGCAAACCCCGAGGAGGCUCGCUUCUAGCGCUUAGAUCCAUCUGCAGCAAAUCACCAUGGCAACCAGCCAAGACCGGGGUAGCGAACAAGUGGUUCCUGAUAAAGGCGAGGAUGAUGAUGUCAGGGCCGUACAGGCUCGCUAUUUGCGCAGUCCAUCGCCCAGCAGCUUCUCCAUGGUGUCUGACGCUUACACCGAGAGCAUCUUCAUGGAGCCGAUCCACCUCUCUUCAUCCGUGGCCGCCAAGCAAAUAAUAAACGAAGAGCUGAAGCACAAAGAGGUGAAGGUGGAUACAAUGUGUCCUGAGAUGCUGGAGUCGGCAGAGCAGCUGCUUGUCGAGGAUCUCUAUAACCGGGUCAAGGAGAAGAUUGAUGACCGAAGCUUGUUCAACACUCCCUGUGUCUUGGACCUUCAGAGGGAGCUCGUGAAGGAUCGCAUGGAAGCCCCCAUCAACUCGGUGGACGAGGUCUGGCCCAAUAUUUUCAUUGCUGAAAAGAGCGUCGCUGUUAAUAAAGGGCGUCUGAAAAGGAUGGGCAUCACCCAUGUGCUUAAUGCGGCGCAUGGUACCACCGUUUUUACCGGACCCGAAUUCUACUCCGGCACCGAGAUCCAGUACAUGGGCGUGGAAGUGGACGAUUUCCCAGACUCAGACAUCUCCAAGUUCUUCAGACCGGCGGCUGAGUUCCUCGACGAGGCUUUGCUCACAUGCAGGGGUAAAGUUUUAGUCAACAGCGAAAUGGGAAUCAGCCGGUCAGCGAUCCUCGUUGCUGCUUAUUUAAUGAUCUUCCACCACAUGACUAUUUCGGAUGCCCUGAUGACAAUACGUAAAAAACGGGCCAUUUACCCCAAUGAUGAAUUUAUAAAGCAGCUACGCGAGCUUAACGAAAAACUUUUGGAAGAGCGUGAAUAUUCGGAUGAUGAUGAUGAUAACAAAAGUCAAGAAUCUGUGGUGCAAGCCAAAGCUCACUCCAUAAUGGUAGAGGAAGAAGAUGUGGAAAGUGUGUUGGGGGCGAAGGUCCACUCUAUUACUGUUGAGGAAGAGGACACCACAAGUUUAAUGGGGAGUUCCAUAAUGGGAAAGUCAAGCGUGGUAUCAAAACAGCCAACUCUAAUUGACGAAGAUGAAGAGGAGAAGUUAUAUGAGGAAUGGAGAAGAAAACAAGGACUUCCGCCUAGAGAACUACCAGACAAAGAACAAGCUAUGACAUUUCCUGAGAACGGAGAAGAUAGUGUGGAUUAUACGGAGCAGAUGAUCCAAAACUGGCAACGUCAAAGCGCUAAAUAUCAGUCCCUUGGGCUUGAAGACGACGGAGAGUCUUCGAUGGGAGAGAGGAGGUACGCACAGAGUGAAAUAAGCGACGUAGAGAGUGUGACCUCCCAGGAAAUACGAAUGCUUAAGCAGCAACUUGAAUCAAGUAGAAUCAAUAGAACGAGCAGAGGCCGUAACGAUUCAGUAAGUACUGACAGCACAUGGGACAUGUGGAACCAGAGGCUCCAGGAAAUAGAAAAGGAAGCUAAAGACAGAUCCGACCAUACUUCUAAAGACAAAAAGAAAGAUAUAGAUGAAGAAAGCGUAUUUUCAGAAACUGGCUCUCUGUUCAACUUUUGCACGAAGAACAAACACAAACUCACUCCGCUAGAAAGGUGGAAAGUCAAGAGAAUCCAGUUUGGAUAUCAUAAAAAGGACUCGGAGGCUUCGGAUAACCAAAAGAAAGAGGGCAGCGAAGGGCAGAAGGAAGAUGAAGCGAGUAAAUCUGAUAUUGACCUAACUGCUUAUCAGUCAUGGAAAAUCAAGCAGCAACAGAAAGUAGGCAAUGAAAACAAAGAAGAAAUUGUGGAACUUACCAAAGGCGAAGACAGCGCAUCUAUUAAGAGAAAGCAGAGGAGGGCCGAGAUCCUAGAACGUUCUAAGCAGAACCUGGAAGAGAGCCAGUCCAUGUGCGGUUGGGAGACUGAGAGUGCCUUGAGUGGGAGCAUCCCGUUGUCUGCCUUUUUCCAAAGCGCGCCUUCAGCGUCCAGCGUUAACGAUGCGGCAUCUGUGCUGAGCAUGCGAAGCAACGCAUCGCGCCUAUCUCAGGCGAGAAGUGCCGCAGGUCAAACAAAUAGUCCCAUACCUCCAACCCAAACCAUGCCGCCCGGAACGCCAGAUGCUAUUUCUAUAGCUAGCAUUCAAAACUGGAUAGCCAGUGUGGUGAGUGAAACCAUUGCCCAGAAACAGAAUGAAAUAUUGAUGAUGUCCCGGCCAUCUUCAGUUCUAAGCACAGCACCUGGAGAUCAGUGUCAAAAAAUGGAUGACGAUAGGUCAUCGUUGUUCGCUGCUGCUGGUGGCUCUUGUUUGUCCGGCUCACUGUUGCAAGGUCGAGAUCUUAGGAGCUCAGACUCAGUUAUGUCAUGCAACACGUCAGCAAGUGCAAACACGAACCUAUCUAGCGCGAAGAGGAAGAUCACACAGACGAGCGUACCCCUUUAUAGUCUCUUCCAAGAUGAAGUUGAUCUGAAGAAGCUUAACGAGAAAGAAAGUGAGUUACGGGAAGAGCUAAGUGAAAAACUAUAUCAGUAUCGAAAAGAAAAGGUUGUGACCGAUAACAAGCGCAGCUAUAUGUUUAAGAAGAAAAAAGCCAAAGACGUUGAGGACGUUGAGGAGCAGGAAAAUGAUGUUUUCAACUCAAUAAAGUCAAGUCGAGACUCAUCAAAAUCUGAAGUAAAUUCCAGUUAUUUGUCGACUAUCAGAAGCACAACCUCCGAGUUAGAAAAAAAUGUUAAUAAAUGGCUCAGUGGUGUAAAAAAGGAAGAGAGUCGAGAAUCAAAGAGUGAAAAUAUUUCUGAAAGGUACUUAAGAAGGGCAGAAGCCAGGAAAGAGCUGGACGUUCAAACAAGCAGCUAUGCUGCCAAGGAACACGACGAACGCUCUUAUUCAUCCUUCCAAAGCAACAGAGAGAAACAGAGAUCCAGAUCUACUUUCUCAACAUCGUCUGAAGAGGAGAGCUACCGCCAUAGGAAUUCUAACAAGCACCAAUUUCAACAUUACGGUGAAGACGGCCAAGAACCACAUUUUGGUGACUACCCAAGAGAGAGAGAUAACUUAGCAAAUGGGGAAUUAGGAAAUUCUCGGAGAGCGAGAACGUAUUCCUGCGAAAAUCUGGAGGAUUCGGAUAAUUCGGAGACAUCAUACUCUGCACAUGUGCGAGCUCAAAUCAGGAAGAGCAAAGACGAGAGCGGAGAAAUGGAUGAUGAUGAUGAUGACAUAAUUGCGGCAUGGAGACGUCGCCAGGAGGAAAAGAAGACAAGAAUUCGGAGACAAGAAGAUGAUUAGCAAUGACUACCAUGAUUAGCAAUUGUGGAGUAUUUUUAUUAUAGUUUCCUGAAUAUAAAAAUACAUUUAAAUGUCGUCAUAAAUAUGUCUUUAUGAAAAUCCUUUUAAAUUAUUUGAAAAUUUUUGAUGCACGACUAAAAAAAAAAAAAAAGUGUGCAUUCAUGAACUGAAUUGAUCAGACCAAGUCGACUAGAAAUGUGGCUUUUUUGUAUGGUGCAAAGGAAUUCUAAGUCUGGAAAAAUGUUUUAAUGAAAUAAAUAUUGCCAAAUUGACACACAAAAA